CUAGCAAUAGCAGCAAUUAUUGUUAAAGAGACCUAAUUGUUUUUGUUUCAGUUUUUACUGAUGAAGACAUUUUAAAGCAUAUUUUCCUGGAUAAAGAGGUUUCUGGAUUGUGUUUGGCUCCAUGUCUGAACUGGAGGGGCUGAGACUGGGGGUGAAACAGAGACUCGAUGCGGCUGCUGAGGAGAUUUUUGGGCUGUUUGAGAAAACUAGAGCAGACUACGAGGAGCAACUUUCUCGUUUUAAAGAUGAAGAGCGACGACUACUACUGGACGAUGUUUUCAAUCCUAAAGUUCAGCUACACAGAUCAGAUGUCCAGCAGCUGUUGGUGAUUAAAGGCGAUUUCCCCCCUGAGUGGAGCCCCAGCCUGGACCAGGAGGACACAGACCCCCUCCACAUAAAAGAGGAGCAGGAGAAAGUCUGGAUCGGUCCAGAGGAAGAGCAGCUCAAUGGGCUGGAGGAGGCCAACAUCACCCGCUUCCCUUUCACUCUUGUUCCUGUGAAGAUUGAAGAUGAAGAUCGGUCUUCGCAGCUCCAUCAAAGCCCAACGCAGGACAACAGAGAGGCAGAACCUCCAGCCGGCUGCUCGGCUAUGCAGAUAAAAACAGAAACCGAUGGAGAGGACCGUGGAGGAUCAGAACCAGCCAGGAACCCAGAACCAGAUACUGAAUCACAAACAAAUACUGACGAUGAAAGGGCUUCAGACUCCUCUGACACUGAACUCAGUUAUGAUGAUUGGCAAAAACCUUUGUCAGAUUCUGGAUCUGAAACUGAAGACAGUGAUGAUGAUUGGCAAAAACCUUUGUCAGAUUCUGGAUCUGAAACCGAAGACAGUGAUUGGAUGGAGACCAGGGCACCUGAGCCGGCUACAAAUGCUCUGAAAUCUAAGGAAGUCCCUUUAAGUGAUAAGGGAUGUAAUGCUGGCAAAAAAUCCUUUGGCUUCUUUAAGUGUAGUAGAAGAUAUUACUACAAGGAAUGGCUUCAGAGACACAUGACAUGUCCUUUUGGAAAGAGGUCUUCCAGAUAUUUGGUUCCUAAGAAAUGUUUGAGAGCGAAGCAAAAGGUGGAUUCGCAGACCAGAGUCCACGCAGGAGAGAAACUAUCAGGUUGUGAUGUCUGUGGGAAAAGAUUUAACCAGCGGUCAACUAUUAAGAUACACAUGAGAGUCCACACAGGAGAGAAACCGUUUGUUUGUGAUGUUUGUGGUAAAGGAUGUAACCAGUUAGCACAUCUUAAGUCACACAUGAGAAUCCACACAGGAGAAAAAACGUUUGGUUGUGAUAUUUGUGGGAAGAAAUUUACAGAGAAGGGAUAUUUGAAGAUACACAUGAGAGUCCACACAGGAGAGAAACCAUUUGGUUGUGAUAUUUGUGGGAAGAAAUUUACAAUGAAGGCAAUUUUUAAGCAACAUACGAGAAUCCACACAGGAGAGAAACCGUUUGUUUGUGAUGUUUGUGGUAAAGGAUGUAAACAGUUAGCACAUCUUAAGUCACACAUGAUAAUCCACACAGGAGAGAAACCGUUUGGUUGUGAUGUUUGUGGGAAAAGAUUUAACAGGCAGUCAACUCUUAAGCGACAUACGAAAGUCCACACAGGAGAAAAACCGUUUGGUUGUGAUGUUUGUGGGAAAAGAUUUAACAGGCAGUCAACUCUUAAGCUACAUACGAAAGUCCACACAGGAGAGAAACCAUUUGGUUGUGAUGUUUGUGGGAACAGAUUUAACAGGCAGUCAACUCUUAAGCGACAUACGAAAGUCCACACAGGAGAGAAACCAUUUGGUUGUGAUGUUUGUGGGAAAAGAUUUAACAGGCCGUCAACUCUUAAGCUACAUACAAACGUCCACACAGGAGAGAAACCAUUUGGUUGUGAUGUUUGUGGGAAAAGAUUUAACAGGCCGUCAACUCUUAAGCGACAUACGAAAGUCCACACAGGAGAAAAACCGUUUGGUUGUGAUGUUUGUGGGAAAAGAUUUAACAGGCAGUCAACUCUUAAGCAACAUACGAAAGUCCACACAGGAGAAAAACCAUUUGGUUGUGAUGUUUGUGGGAAGAAAUUUACAGAGAAGGGAUAUUUGAAGAAACACAUGAGAGUCCACACAGGAGAGAAACCAUUUGGUUGUGAUGUUUGUGGGAAGAAAUUUACCAAGAAGGCAUAUUAUAAGUCACACAUGAGAGCCCAUACAGGAGAGAAAUAGUUCUUUUCAGUCUGUUGUGAACGAUUCUUUGUGUAAAUGUGUUUGUAAGAACCACAACAGUUUUUAUCGUCUUUUAUUGUUUUGAUGGAUUUUAUUUUUUGUCUUUUGUGUUCUGGGUUUAAAAUCUGUGAAUUGUUUUAAAUGUUCCCUUUGUCAAAGUUGUGUUUAGAGCUGCAAAGAUAAAUCGAUUAAUGAAUCGCCAUAUUUUGAUAAUCG